GGUGAGGAUGUACCUGUCCCUCCUCUGAAGAAACAGAGCAGUGAGAGGAGAGAGAGGCUGCAGGAGGACCAGAGAACCAGAACCAGAACAAGAGAACCACAGAACCAGAACAAGAGAACCACAGAACCAGAACCAGAACCAGGCUCAGGCUCCAGUCUGGAGGUCCAGGUCUGCACGCAGCUCCUGUGCAGCAGCGGGGGGUCUCUGCCUCUGCUGGAUCUGCACCGGAAGUUGCUGCAGCGGUGCCGAAUCACAGAAGAAGAGUUCUGCUCCAUGGUGCAGCGGGUCCCCCGCUUCCUGCUGGACCGCGGACCCGGGCCGGCCGGGCCGCUGCGGGCCGAGGACUGCGCGGUUAUGGCCCGGACCUCGCUGCGUCUCUGCGCGCUGUACCCGCGGGAGGGGGGCUGCUCCGGGUCCGGGGCCGGUCCCGGUCCCGGUCCCUGCCCGAACCUCCACCUCUGCAAGUACUUCCUGUUCGGGACCUGCAGGUUCGGGAAGGGAAGGAAGCCGUGCAGGCUGUCACAUGACCUGGGGGCGGGUCAUAACGCUGCGACGCUGCGCGACUGCUCGCUGCAGGAGCUGCAUGCGGAGCAGCUGAUGGUGCUGCUGCUGCAGAACGACCCCGCCCUGCUGCCAGAGGUGUGUUACUUCCUGUCUCAGGUGUGUGUGCACUAUAAUAAAGGCGGCUGCAGUUUCCAGGAGAGCUGCACGAAGCUGCACCUGUGCCAGCACUUCCUGCGGGGGGGCUGCAGGUACGGGGCGGAGUGCACCUGGCGGCACAGCAUCGACCCGGCAGGACGCCGCCUGCUGGAGGAGCGAGGACUCAGUGAGGAGAGCAUCCAGCAGCUGAUCCAGACCUACAGGAACACACACCUGCUGACCGCUGCAGAGAAACUUCCAGACGUUUGUUUUGGAGGAGAGACGCGCGAGAGGACGGAGAUCUGUCUGCACUUCAUCAGGAACAGGUGCAGGUUCCAGAACGGGUGUCGGCGGGUCCACUUCCUGCUGCCCUACAGGUGGCAGGUUUCUGAUGGACGCACCUGGACGGACCUGCAGGACAUGGAGGACGUCGAGAGGGACUACUGCGACCCGGCUAACGCUCAGAGCCUCAGCUGCCCCCCCGUUGACUUCCUGCUGAUGAUCCGCGGCUCUCAGUCCGUCCGCCGGCUCUCCACGGUCUCUUCCGUCACCAAGCCUCCGCACUACACCCUGACCACCGAUUGGCUGUGGUUCUACAAGGGAGAGCGGGGGGGCUGGGUGGAGUACGGACAGCCGGACGAAAAGCAGCGCACCACCUCGGAGACCUCGAGGACCCUGGAGGAGAAGUUCCUGUCGGACAGUUCAGCGGAGGUCCAGGUGGUGAAGGGAAACAGAGAGUACGUCCUCAGCUUCAGAGACAUGUACCAGAGGAACCUGAAGCAGAACACCAAGAGGAGGGUCCGGCGUCGGCCUCGCCUCGCCACCCAUGCCCCGCUGCAGGAGGUCAGGGGGGACCGGACCUGGACCAGUUCUUAGUCCCAUCACAUUAUAGACCUGCCAGUAUAGACCUGCCAGUAUAGACCUGCCAGUAUAGACCUGCCAGUACCUGCUGGUUCCCUCCACAAAAAGCAUCAGGAUGUCUCCAGAGGAUUUAGGAAAAUAAGAUCUGUGGAAAAGGAACCUGUUUGAUAAAUGUUUAGUUCAGCCGGAUAAUCUCCACAUGUCUCUACUUUUAUAAUGUUCUAAUCAUAAAUCUAAUGUCCAGAAGCUAAAUGCUAACGUGAUGCUAUAAAGGAGCUAC